AUGUCGGCCAUUUACAAAGCUCUUCAGCAGAAGCUGACUAAGGAAACGUCAGAACAGACAAAGCACAUCAACCGCCAAAGAGUGCUUGUCAUCUCGUCCAGAGGUGUCACUUACAGACAUCGCCAUUUGAUCCAGGACUUGACCUACUUGAUGCCACAUGCCAGAAAAGAGCCAAAGUUCGAUUCCAAGAAGAACUUGCACCAGCUUAAUGAGGUUGCUGAGCUUUACAACUGUAACAAUAUCUUUUUCUUUGAAGCUAGAAAGCACCAGGACCUCUAUCUCUGGAUCCUGAAGCCUCCUAAUGGACCUACGAUGAAGUUUUUCAUUCAGAACAUGCACACUUUGGACGAGUUGAACUUUACAGGAAACUGUCUUAAAGGCUCGAGGCCGAUUUUGAGUUUCGAUAAGUCGUUCAACGCUCUGCCUCAGUAUGCGUUGAUCAAGGAGAUGUUCAUUCACACUUUUGGUGUUCCUCCUAAGGCUCGUAAGUCCAAGCCAUUCGUGGACCAUGUCAUGACUUUCUCCAUUGUGGAUAACAAGAUUUGGGUGAGAAACUACCAGAUCAGUGAAACUGAGGAACUUAAGGAUAGUGAUGUUGCUAGAGGUGAGGUUGAUGCUGACUCUCUUUCUCUUAUUGAGAUUGGCCCUCGUUUUGUCAUGACCCUUAUUACCAUCUUGGAAGGUUCUUUUGGUGGUCCAAAGAUCUUCGAGAACAAGCAGUACGUCUCGCCUAACGCUGUGAGAGCCCAGGUUAAGCAACAGGCCGCUGAGCAGGCUAGAUCGAGAGCUGUGGCUGCAUUGGACAGAAAGGUCAAGAGAAGAGAUAUGGCCUUGAAGGCUGAUCCUUUGUCCAACGAAGCUUUGUUUAAGUAA